AUGUCCGACUCCCUAGCGCUCUUGCCGCGGAAGCCACUGGGGCCACGACAAGGCCCGCCGGCUCCUCGACGGUUCAGCUCUACGACACAAGCGGCAACAACAACGCAUGGAUACCUGAGCUCCUCUUCUUGUGUGCUGGAGCAGGAGGCCUUGGUUCCCAUUCGUCGACGACGGGUCACGUUCUCCGAGGGCGCGGUGGACAUCCGGUGCUACGUGCCCGACCAUCCUGAAGAACCUCGUGAGGAGGAGUCUGAAGAGUCUGGAGGUCUGGCGGCCCUCGUGGCACGUCGCAAGCGACUUCUCGAAGCCCACCAAGAGGAGCCGGAAGGCCCCUAUAUUACGAGCAUGGGCAAUGAAGGUGAGGCCGCAUACCACGCCUUGCAAGACGCAGACAGAAGCAGCAGAGUGUUCUUGGACCACCUUACGGAGGUUGAGGAAGCAUGCGGCGAUGCGGCCCAUGCUGAAGGAAGCACAGACUAG